AUGGACGAGCCAUCAGACACAACGUCUCAGACGUUCUCCUCUGCCGACCGAAUCCGACAAUUGAACGACAUCGACAAGGACAUUGCAACACUGGUCAACUCCGCCGGACUAGCUAUCAAAGUGCUCGCAAACGACAAAUCCGAGAACAAUUCCGUCGAAGAACGAAAAGCCGCGUUCAAGAGUGCCACGUCCCAAUACUUUGCCUUGCUCUCGUCCAUCGAUGUCAGGUUACGUCGCCAGGUCUAUGCCUUGGAGGAAGCCGGGAUUCUUGAUGCAGAGGCUGUCAGUGCCAAUACCGGGUCGUUCAGAGGCGAUGCAGCUGGCGGCGCGGGGGCUGGGCCUAAUGCAGCAGGUGCUGCUGCUGCUGCUGCUGGUGGUGGUGCGGGCGCGGGACAGUUCAGUCCGCUUGAGAUAAGCUGGCUUAAUAGUCGCAAAGAUACGGUGGGCAAGGACAAGGAAGCAGAGUCGUGGGCUGCUGCGAGGGAACUUGUCAAGAGACUGCAAACCGAGAGCGGUCAGGCAAACGUGGACAAGAUGGACACGGAUUGA